AUGACUCCUACUCUGCAAUUUUUUCAUAAACAUGUGAAGAGUCAUAUUAUAGACUCUAAAACUGGAGUAACUUGUCCGUUUACAAGCUGCUCUGGUAAUAGCACUAUUUUUCUCAGUGUUAAUAGCUACACCGUUCAUGUUUUUCGAAAGCAUUCUAAUGAGGAAGAUAUUGUAGACAUUGGGCAGGUAGAUGAAUCUGUUGAAAAUAAUUUAAGGGCCAAGGAAAAUGUUGUAAGCAGUUUUUCCGAAUUUCAGAAUGUAGAUGCGGAAGCUUCAACAAAAACUAACGUUCAGACAGCGGAUCCUUUAGAAAUGUCUAGUGUACCGUGCUUAAAUGAAACGUUUUUAUGUAGUGAUGUAUUGAAAAAUACAGACAUUCCUGAGGUAACUAAAAAGUUUGCUGAUUUGUGCUUAACCUUGACUACUAAAUAUCAUGGUACGGUACCUAUGAAGCAAGAAGUUGUUUCAAACAUAAGGAAGAAGUUUGACGAAAGUUUUUCGGAGUUUACGGAUGCUUGCGAUGCUAAAAAGGGUUCUUUGAGAAAUACAUACAAUAGGAAAAUAUUUUACCGCCAGAAUUUGAAUCUAAUUCUACCAGUGGAGGAAGAACUUCUCAAUGAUGAUGGCGAAGAUACGGGACGUCGUUACAGUUAUGUUCCAAUUUUAGACACAAUAGCGUUGAUGUUAGGAGACGAAACAAUUCGUAGGCACUGUGAAAACUUCACUUUACCAGACAAUGGACGCAUCAUGUUUGAUAUUACAGAUGGUGCAAUAGUACAAGAAAACGAACUCAUUAAAAACCAUAAGGAUAUCGUACAGGUACGUCUUUUCACAGAUGCGUUUGAGGUGUGCAGUCCAAUUGGAGCGUCAAAGAAGAAAUUUGAAAUCGUCGCUGUUUACAUGGCUUUAAUCAAUUUACCUCCAUAUUUGCGAACGAGAAAAGAGAACAUACAGCUUGUUCUUCUAUGCUUAGAUUCUUAUAUAGCAGAAAUUGGAUGGGCUAAAAUUUUAGACAAGGUAUUGACAGAUUUGCGACAACUUGAAUCACAGGGUAUAUCUUUGAUAAUUGACGGCGAGUGUAAAACUUUCUUGGGCACAUUAAUUGCGAUACUGGGUGAUAAUUUGGGCAGUCAUCAGAUCGGCGGUUAUACUGAAAAUUUUAGUAAGUCGCACAAUGUCUGUCGCUAUUGUGAAAUAUCGCGAGAUGAAUUUUACGCGGACGUAUUUUGUAAAAGGGUUUCAAGAACUAUCGAAACUUACAAUCAGUGCGCAACUGAAGCAGAAUCAACCAAGAAAAUGGUGAAGGGAAUCAAAAGUAAUUCUCCUUUAAAUAGCUUGAAAUACUUUCACGUAUCAACGCUAGGUUUACCUCCCUGUUUAGCUCAUGAUAUUUUUGAAGGGUUCGCAAAAAAGGACAUGCUCUUAGCCGUGCAAUACUUCGUUGCACAAGGGUGGUUCAAAAUCGAAUUUCUAAAUUAUCACGUGAACAACGCAAAAAUACUCUCUGAAAACGCCGUCUUCAUUCCGCCCAUAAAGCUAACGGGGUCUAAAAAGACAAAAUUAGAUGGUACAACUAGCCAAAUAAGGAGAUUAAUUUUGCUAUUUCCACCAGCAGUUGCCGUGCAAGUAAAAGAUUUUGAAGAUCCAGUAUGGAAAUUGGUGUUGCUUCUCUGA